UUGCCAGUGUGAUAGUUUCAAAAGCCUUGGCCUGUGAUAAAUAUGUUAAAGAAAUAAAAGUGAGCUUGUAUUUAUUGUAACUGAUUAUUCUUAAUGUGUUGAAAAUAGUCAUGAAGCAACUUACAGCUUGGUAUCAGAAAAAAAUAAGUUCUUAUGAUAAAGAAGAAUGGGAGACUAUGGUAGAGCAGUUGCUGAUGAGAGGCACUUACCGUCGCCGCAUAAUAGAUUCAUCAUCACAUGCACGAUCUUAUUUAAUAGAUGUUGAUUUAGUUAGAGGCUCAUCAUUUCCUAAAGCAAAGCCUACUCUUGGUAUGCGCCGUGUAGUAUGGUUUGCAUUGGUUCGACUUGUAUUCUUGCCAGCCCUAUAUCAAUGGUGGGCUCAACAGACUUCACCUGCAUGUGCAAAAUUUCUCCUUUCUCUAUGGUUCCUCCAAGUUGUCAAUAUAAUAAUAAACUUUAUUGCACCAGCUUCUGUUGAGUUAGAUUCAAAUUGCUGGAUAGUGCCAAUGGUUUUGAUGGUAGUACUAAGUAUGGUACAUUCACAAAUAGUAUGCACAACAGAGAUGGAAUUAGCUAGAGUUAGACCAAGGUCAACUUAUAGAAGAAAAUUACCGCGAUAUUUUAGACGAUCUCGAUCAGACUGUGAUGGAGGGAGUGGUGUUGCCUCAGCAGAGAGUGGAGCUACUUCAAGCCAUAGUAAAACUCCUCUCACCAAACCAGCCAAAUUUCGACGACGCUUGUCAAGAUCUGAUAUUGCUGAUGUAGGCCAAAGAAAGAGAAGAAAAGAAACAAAAGACAGUCCAAAUGAUCUCCUACCUGUGAUUAAAGAUAAAUUACCAAAGAAAGCUAAAGAUUCUGACGAUGAAGACUAUAUGGCAUGGAAGAAACGUGACCCAACAGUUCCUCUUAAUCAACCCAUUGUCGUCAGUCCCAGCACAUCAUAUAAACCGAACAUACUAACAAGGAAAUACUUAGAAAUAUUUAAUAUUCGCCAAAAUCAACAAAAUGAGCCGAGACCAACAUUUGCUGAUGGGGAUGACGGCUUUGAAAGCCUUAAUGGCUACAAUUCUAGUGAGGGUGAUAAACCGGAAAAUCAAAAAGUUAAAAAAGUUAUUGAAGAAAAACAGGAACCUAUAACAAAGAAAGAUUUAAAUAAUAUUGCUAACGAUAGUGAUAAGGGUAAAAAUUUAGAAGAGAAAACAAUUGAUCCAGAUUCUGAUAAUGCUGUCACAAGUAGUCCUAAUACUGGGAAGAGAGUGAGUGUGCGAUUUAGAAAAUCCUGGUCCAAGGAUAAAAUAGCGAUGUCUUGUGACGAAAAGUUUGCAAGAAUGAAAGAUAAAAAGAAAAUAGAAAAUUACCAGUCGUCAUCAUCUGAUGGGGAAUGUUCUGCUUCCGCCCCAUCAAUCGCUCUGCCUUCGCACCAUACCAUGUCCGAUUGGGUGGGCCAAAUUACUAACAGCGAAGAAAGUAGUUACGGAUCUCAAUCGGAGGGCGGUCAUCCAGGUGUCGGUUUCCAUUACACAGCUGAUUGCUCGUGGGAUCCUUUUGCAAUACUAGAUCCAUCUAGCGACACAGUGAAAUGUACAAUGUGGGAACGUGGAUCCACUCUAAGGGCAGAGUUAUCAGCGGUAGACAUAAGUUGGUACGUGGUGGCGCGAGCAGAACGGGCAAUGGUGGACGGGUGUCUCUACUCUGGACUUAUUAUGGCCGCUAUUGUUGCCUUUAACUCGCCGGUUAUGCGGCUUAUACAGAUGGCAAUAGAACAGGAUACACGGACAGAAGAGGAACUCCAAUCGCUGUCUUUAUUAAGUUUUUCCUCCAUCAUUGGAAACUAUACUCAGGGAUCACCGCUCAACGCUUUUAAUGGUGCUUUUGGGGACAGCUUUUGGGAAAUAUCAACAAACGUCCUCUCCUGCGUUCUCCGAUUCACUCUUAGUGGACUAGUCUUCUUUCUAUUGGCGGUAGCAGAGCGCGCGUACAAACAACGUUUUUUGUACGCAAAACUGUUCUCACAUUUGACAUCCGCUAGGCGCGCCCGGAAGUCGGAGUUACCACACUUCCGUUUGAACACAGUUAGGAAUAUCAAGACUUGGCUCUCGACUAGGUCUUAUUUACGGCGACGCGGUCCCCAAAGAUCAGUGGACGUUAUAGUUUCCGCAGCUUUCGUUAUAACGCUCACUCUAUUGGCCUGCGUCAGCGCACAAUUAUUAAGGGAUUCAGUGACUUUAGAGAGAGGUUGGCUCCUCGAAGCAAUGGUCUGGAGUGGUUGCCUUGGAGUGUAUUUAUUACGACUUUUGACACUUGGCAGUAAUGUCAAUAAGAAAUACCGGGGUUGCCUGUCAGCGAUUUUGACAGAACAGAUAAACCUACAUUUAGCCAUAGAGCAGAGACCAGAAAGUAAAGAACAACUUACGGUGGCAAAUAAUGUGCUAAAAUUGGCCGCGGAUUUGCUGAAAGAACUAGACUCUCCCUACAAAAUAUCUGGAAUAUGCGCGAACCACUAUUUAUACACAAUAACGAAGGUAGUGAUUCUAUCCGCAUUAUCAGGAGUUCUCUCUGAAAUGUUAGGUUUUAAGCUGAAACUGCAUAAAAUCAAAAUUAAAUAACACAAAUACAGACUGUAUUUAAAAAUAUACGUAAACGUCAAACAUUGACAGAAUAUUAAUAAUCUAAAACUUUAUGAUACGGGCCUAAUAAGGGAUUUUCUUUAUAAAAACCACAGGCAGUAUUCUAAAACGCUAAUCAAGAUCAACACCUCACACUCACACGUUUUUUGACUAGGAAUGAUAGUCUUAGCUCCGAAUUCUAGAACUUUCUAGUUUUAGGAGCUGUCCAUCCAUUUAUUAUGUAUGAAGUUUGACAUAUAUGACAGCGCUCAAGACUUGUGACUUGACAUACGUUUUAGAAUAUGGACCUUAGUGCUCAUGAUUAAACUUAAUAAAAUAUCAUUAAAAUAAUAAAUAGUAAGUUAUGAGCAUAAGAAUUCCUUAUACAUUUAAACGUCUUUUGAGUGUCAAAAUGGCCUAAUAAUAACUGUCUGACACUAUUUGUGACUGUUAAUGUUUCGACUGACCCCCAUUGGGCAUAUUAUAUAUCUAUUCAGAAUUAGCAGGAGUGCGUUUUGUUAAUUUUACAUUGUGCCCCGAAAGCGUUUUUUUAUUUAAAUGUUUUAGACAUGUAUUAUUUUUA